UCUUGUUUCAAACGUCAGGAUUUCGUCAUGGGCCUCUCGAUCCUCCUGAGGGGAACCAUCACGGAGAAGCUCAACUGGGCCUUCAACCUGUACGACAUCAACAAGGACGGCUACAUCACCAAAGAGGAAAUGCUGGACAUCAUGAAGGCGAUCUACGACAUGAUGGGGAAGUGCACGUAUCCGGUGCUCAAAGAGGAGACACCGCAUCAACACGUGGAGAUAUUCUUCCAGAAAAUGGAUAAGAACAAAGACGGCGUGGUCACCAUCGAUGAGUUCAUCGACUGUUGCCAAAAUGACGAUAACAUCAUGCGGUCGAUGCAUCUGUUUGAAAACGUCAUCUAAACCGUGGAGAUGAUAUGACCGCCGAGGCUAUGGUGGGGGGGGGGGACGCCGUCGUGGUCUUCAUCCUCAUAAUCUUCACCCGGGCUCCACUCUGCCCGGUCUGGACUGUAGGGAGCAGACCCACGUUUCAACGUUUCACGCCCACUCGGUGGAAGCAGUCUCAAAAUGACAUUCUAUUAAUAAUUAACAUUUCUAGAUCAAUGUUCAACACUUUGUUUCAUUCCUGAAUGGUACACGUGUUGCCUGGGAGGAAUACCUUUCACAACAAGGAAUAAUUACUAUGUUUACGGUCACAUUGUGUUUCUUUGCAAGCGAUAACCCGGGUCAGCUUUCAGCAUUAUUGACCGAGGAGUUUUAUCACUAAGAUGAGUGUGUAGUUUGAGAACAAGAGUCAUAGCAAGAGAUUAUUUAUUUUUCUGUUGGCCGUAGUAUUUGCUUUGAAGGAUCAAAAUCACUGUGAUAUAAUCCAUUCAUAAUUAACAUUAAGGAAAUAACUAACGAUUAUCCUAUUGAUUUUAUAUUUGAAACUCAGUUUCCGUCAGAGUUUCAACGUUUCUGGAACAUUCUUACCAUAAGUUACACGAUGUGGUCUGUACCGUGUUCCCCAAAGUGAGCAUUCACAGAACUUAGAUUGUACAAUUUUUCAUAUUGUACAUAUUACAGAUGAUUUAAUUGCUUUAGAUAAAAACCUCUAUGAAAAACUUUUGAACUUUAUUCGUGUUUACUUGCCAACUAGAAGGAGACCGCGCAGAAAUUGUGUGAAAUCAGACCUUUCAAUUCUAACUUUAUCAACAGAAGCACAGGGAUACAUAUAAAUAUAUAUUUACCAUGAGUAUAAAAUUAAACAAUAUCUUAACCAGAGAUAGGCUGCUUUCAAUGUUUUUCAUUUAAUCUGAUGUGUAUUACCUUGAUGCAUACUUUCCGUAAUUCCUCUAUGAGUUUCAAAAGGGUUCAUUUUGCUGUUUUUCCCCCGAAAGGCAAUGGCUUGAGUUUAUUUAUAUGGCAUUGUUGCCAUUGGUUAAUCGAUUGCCAGUUGUACAGUAUUACAAGCGAUUAUCUUACAGCCUUUUUAAAUGUUGGCUACACAUACUUAUUUGCGUGUUUUAGUGAGAGUGUUGUUUGAACGAUUGUUUUCAGUCAGUCUCUUACUAUGUGGUAGUUUGUAUAGGUCUCUUUCGAUCUUGGGUAAAUGUGCUUUUGGCCCCUCUCAUCCUUUUUCCUUGCCAUGUUGGUAUGGAGUACUAAUCCGAGCAGAAGGCCUGCUGGCUAAACCUUUACUUUAUUUAAUACUUGAUCUUAACAGUUGACAAAUGGCCCUCUGUCUCAAUUAGAAAACUGUAUUCAUAUAAUUUAGAUACCAGCUGUGUUGGUUCUUACAAAUGCUUUUAACCACGAAAAGUUAGUUUUUAGGAAAUGCAAACAGAUAAAACGCUACAUUAAUUUCUGAAUGAGGCAUGCUCGUUAUUGAUUAAGCAUGCAUUUCCCUUUUGAGAGGAGUACUUGAAAUUGUGUUUCUGAGCAGAGGCAACGUGUUCAUUGUUAAGUCAAAAGAGAUGACUCGUCUUUUUCAUUGCGUUGUUUUGUUUUGUUUUUUAUGCCUUGACCCUUACGGAAAUGUAAAUUUGAUCAACACAUCUCUAUUUAAAAAUUUGAUAUGUAUUUGUGUUUGUCUGAGAAAAUGGUUGAAUAUACUACGGCUGGUGUUUCAUCCCAUGACUUUCAUGUAAGACUGUUUUGGAAAUCAAAACAUUUCUGGAGGUGGUACAUUUAAAUAUUUUAUCAUAAUACUUUGCGCCUGGUUUGUUAACUCAUUUACAAAAUAUUUUCAGGCUGGACAAUUUCUUGAUAAGGGACUCAUUACCAAUCAGAAAUAGUUGUAUAACCACAUUUGUCGAUAUUUUUUUCUAGUUCAGCCCCUCACAUGAUACUAUUUUGCCCUAACAACAUUUGUUGGUUUGGGCCUGGGGUUAUUCAAGAAAAAACAAUUAAAACAGAAACAAAACUG